GCGUCACGCUGUCGCGCGUCUAUGGUUUGAGGAGGAGCAGCGUCUAGCUCUGUUCUGUCUAUGUGUACUGUACCACAAGAGCACAUGAUUUCUGUCUGUAGAGUUUAAAAAUGCCAGUGUGCAGCUUCUUCCUUCAAGGUCGCUGUAGAUACGGAGAAAAAUGCUGGAAUGAGCAUCCGAGAGGAGGAAGAGGAGGAGAUAAUCGAGGAAACCAGCAGCAACAACAACCCAGCAGAGGAGGCUAUGGGAACCGCGUGUGGAUAAACCCAUCUCAACGGACUGGGGGCGAGUUCAUCCAGCCCUCCUCGUUCUCCCGUGGCGGUAAUGAUUCGAACAGAGGCGGCGGUAAUGACUGGAGCAGAGGCGGCGGUAAUGACUGGAGCAGAGGUGGCGGUAAUGACUGGAACCGAGGCAGUGGUAAUGAUUCGAACAGAGGCGGCGGUAAUGACUGGAACCGGGGCAGUGGUAAUGAUUCGAACAGAGGAGGCGGUAAUGACUGGAACAGAGGCGGCGGGGCGUCCAGAGACAUCAAGAGCUCCAACUUCAGCUUCAGCAACCAGAACAGAUUCUCAGCGCUUGACUCUCAGAGCAACUUUGAUAAAGCUGGACGAAACUCAACGGAUGACAAUGCAAAACAUGUGGAAACAAUCCAGACAGACAUGGAGGCCUGGCAGACUUCUGGCCAGUGGCCGUUUUCAUGUUAUUCGGUCCUCAAAGGCCAGUUCUCAGGGUUUGUCGACUUGUCUCCAGAGGAGCUGAGACAGGAGUAUUACUCCUACCAAGCGUCUGGUGACGUACAGCCUUAUGUGAACUCAGUCCAACUGCUGUUCAACCAAUGGAGUAGCAGAGUUCAGGAGCUGCGGACCAUGAGCAGCUCCACCCAGAUGAGUGUGAUCUCAGAGCUGAAUAACUCCAGUUCCCAGACGCCACCGCAGGGGUUUGGAACCGCAUCAUCAUCAGCGCCAACACCUGGCUUUGGAGCUGGAGGGUUCGGUUCCAGCUCUCAGAGCAGCAGCAGCUUCAGCUUUGCCCCGUCCAAAACUGACUUCGGAGCUUCACAUACUACCCAGAAUGCACCUGGGUUUGGAGCCGCUGUGUUCAGCACUGCUCAGACGGCACCGGGUUUCGGCAGUCCCGCUCCGUCUGUGAACACCUUUUCUUUUGCGCCACAAGCUGCAGAAAAUAAGCCCAGCUCAGCAGCCGGGUUCAGUUUCAAGACGUCCGCGGGAGGAUCGGGCUCCGGGUUCGGGACCUCGGCGCCGGUCGCGAGCAGCGGCUUCGGUCAGAGCAGCGGUGUGUUUAGUGGAGCUGCAGAUUCUGCUGGGAGUUCACGAGACAGUCUGUUCACGGCCCAGAGUGACCUGACAGCCGAAGAGCUGAAGGAGUUCACAAGCAAACGCUUUACUCUGGGUCAGAUCCCUCUCAAACCUCCUCCUGCUGACCUCCUCAUGGUCUAACACUGACUCUGGCCUCUCGUCAUCUUUUUAAUGCUAUAUUAAUAAACAUGUUUAUGGAGCAAGAUAAGAUUUUUUGUGUUUUAGUUCAACUACUGAAAUUGCAUUGUGGGUAAAAAUGCUUGGUACCAUGAUGGUAAAUCUCAAUGAUAGUGCAUAUUGAGUAAUAUUAACAAAUACAAUUCAUCUAUGUGACAAUGAAAAAGUGCAUUCGAAGAGCAUUUGCUGCGUACAAUCCCUUGUUGCUGUGCCGUAGUACAUCGGUGGUAUCAAAACCAUGGUACUGAAUGAUUCUCUUAUUUAUAUACAAACAUAUUUACAUGAUAGUUUAAAGAAUACGGUGGUGCUUUUGCAAAAUUAUGCCAGUACCAUGUCCAAAACCCAUGAAGUUUUGCAAAAAGCAAGUGCUUUGUUUUCAAAAUAAGCCUAAAAUGCAUAAUAAUAAACAAAAAAUGUAAU